AUGAACACCUUGCGGCUUCUAUACUUGAGCCUGUGGGCUGGAAUCACAUGGGCGGCAAGCUUCCACGAGCCAUACCGUCCUCAGUUCCAUUUCUCGCCCACGAAGAAUUGGAUGAAUGAUCCAAAUGGCUUACUGUACCAUGACGGGACCUAUCACUUGUUCUUCCAGCACAAUCCGUAUGGAAUCCAAGAUGGCAAUAUCUCUUGGGGUCAUGCCACGAGCCAUGAUUUGAUGCACUGGGAACACCAGCCGAUUGCUCUUCUCGCGCGUGGCUACCCACAGAAUGUCACCGAAAUGAUCUUCACUGGAAGUGCUGUUGCGGACACAAACAACACCAGCGGAUUGGGCGUCGACGGAAAGAUCCCUCUGAUUGCUAUCUAUACCUCUGCAUAUCAAUACGCACAGGAUCUACCCAGCGGGAAAUCUGUCAAAGCCAACCAGCAGUCUCAGUCUCUCGCCUAUAGCUUGGAUGAUGGCAAGACUUGGUCUUAUUACGACGCCCUCAACCCAAUCAUCGAGACCCCGGCCGCUCCGUACGAAGACCAAUGGCAGAACUUCCGCGACCCAUUCGCCUUCUGGCACGACGAGACACAAAAGUGGAUCCUCGUCACAGCGCUGUCCGACAUUCACAAACUUAUGAUCUGGACUUCAGACAAUCUUAUCGACUGGACAGUCGCUAGUGAAUUCGGACCCGUGAACGCCGUCGGCGGCGUCUGGGAAUGCCCGAAUCUCUUCCCAUUGCCCUUCAAAGCCGACAAGACAGGGUCAAAGUGGGUCCUUGUCGUCGGACUGAACCCCGGCGGACCACCGGGAACUGUCGGGUCUGGCACGCAGUACUUCAUCGGCGACUUCAACGGGACUGCAUUCGUUCCAGACGCCGAUAGCGCGUACCCGGGCAACGAGACGGCAAAUUGGAUGGAUUGGGGCCCGGAUUGGUACGCUGCUACUGCUUGGAAUGGCCUACCCGAGGAUGACCAUGUCCAAUUAGGCUGGAUGAAUAACUGGCAAUAUGGCUCGAAAAUUCCCACAAAUCCAUGGCGCGGGGCGAUGGCGUUCCCUCGGCAUCUGUCGCUGAAGCAGGACGGGGAGAAGGCUAUCCUUCUUCAAUGGCCCCAUCAGAACAUUACAGAGCUGAGAGGAAAGGAAAGAUUCCGACGAUCUUGGUCAUCUCUCCGAAACGGCGUUCAGGAUCUCGGCCCUCAAGAACGACUGCUCGAUAUCGAACUAGCGUUCGCCGACCAAGGUAAAACGACUUCGGGCACGUCUGAAGCCGGCAUCAUUGUUCGAGCUACGUCAGACUUGAAGACUCAGACACGUAUCGGCUAUGACUUCGAUAAAAAGUUAAUGUUUGUCGAUCGCACCAAGUCUGGCAUCACAGACAUCGACAAGACGUUUCCGACCAUCUACCAUGCUCCACUCACACCAGACGAGCACGGAAUAAUCAAAUUACGGAUUUUACUAGACUGGGCCGGGGUUGAAGUCUUCGGAGGUGAAGGAGAGUCUACCCUUACCGCCCAGAUAUUCCCAUUCGCAAACGCGACACAUGUCCAAGUAUUUUCAAAGGAUGGGAGUACGGACGAUGUUUCUCUCAAAAUAUCGGAGUUGACUUCGAUCUGGAGCUGA